UACAUGGCUUCUACUCGACCUCGACCUCCACCACCGCCUUUGCGGCUAUCCCAGCCACAAAGACCUAAAUCAGCUCUCAUAGACCACCAGCUCCUGUAUGAUCUGCCUUCGGCUUCUUCCCUACGUUCUCCAUCUGCAAAUUACGAUCAGAAUGGAGGAGAGCUCACUUCGAGUCCAGCCACCGCUUCGCGUCCUCCCAGCAGAUUUAGCUUCCGUCCUGCGACCCAGGCUGGACGGGCACUGUCUCCUCCUUCCCGCUCACCCCAUGGGCGCGCUUCCCCUUCACCCGGGAGAAGCAUUGAUGAUGAGCUUGAAGUAUUUGCACUGCAAUGUCGUGCUUGGUAUUAUGACCAGGAUGAGGAUGCUGGCCGACGAAUGACCCAGACUUUGGCGGGACUUCUUCCGUCCCUUCGAGCAAACUAUGCUCGUAUACAAGCUUACAUUCGAGCUUCGUACCAUACGUACCUGGCAGCCCGGCGGAAAGCGGAAUUUCAAGCGCAUUUGAGUUCAACUGUUAGCGGAGGCUCACUUGCGCCUCAUUCUCGAUCCCAUCCUACUAGUUCUUCCGCUCGCCGCGAGAGGGCAGAGCGCUUUGAGCGCUUUGUAAAAACUUGGUGCAACGCCUCUAUGCCAGGCACCCGCCCUUUCUUUGAAAGCUUAUGGGCGUGUAUGAGAUUGCAGGUUGUACCCGAGAACCUCGGCGGAGCUGGUUCUAGACGCAUUGAAUGGGAGUUUGAUGAUGCUGUCUUCAUGGAAUCUGCCGGCAAAGAAUUUAUGCAAGAAGCCAUAGACGUAUUGAAAGGUGUUCUAGGAUUCGAGGAGAAAUAUGCUUCCCGAUCUCCUUCUCUUCGACUCUCAGACGACACGGUUUUGACACAACAGCAUUCAAGGUCGCAGUCGGAGCCUUUAAGCGCUCAGCUUCUCGUACCGUCUAUUUCCCAGAAACCGGGCAAACCCGCGCAGCUACCUCAUUCAGGACGUUCUCGGGCCCCUUCUGAUCCAUUUCUUGAUUCAAAUACUACAUCUUCGACAUCUCCUCGAAGCGCAGGAUCUUUCCUAGAAGGAAAGGGUGGUGCCGGGGACAUGACAUCUGGGGUACCGUCCCCGCCCACAAGCGCAGAAAUUGAUGCCCUCCUCUUACGGACUGCUGGCGGGGAACGUAGAUAUGCGCCGUCUCUGACGUCUGAGACCUUUGACGACCAUGCUCAGCUAAGAACCUGGACCGUUCCAGACCUGUCCAAUCCAGAGUUUAUGUCCUUGUUGUCUUUCUUUCCGUCCUUCCUUACACGUCGCACCCUUCCACGCUUUCCUGUUGUAAGAGCGUCCAGCAGAUGUGGACGUCGUGUCUUGGACCUUGAAGAAACUGGCGCAGAUGUCUUAGACGAACAGGAUGAAGUGCGGGUCGGGACAGGUGUUCUAAGAGUAGGCUCGCGAGAGAGAACAGGUUCGUGGCGCGGAAAUUGGUGGGAACGUUUCAAGAUGUGGUUACGGCGUCUGUUCCGGUAGCAGACGGACAGACAUGUCUAUCGUAAACUCAUGGCGUAGCACCAGGAUGCCUAUUUGUUUCGAUGUUCGUAAGGAUGCUGGUUUGGCCUUUGCGGUAGAUGGGGGAUAAAGUGCAGUAGAACUGGCAAGAUAUUUUUCAUCCGGCACCUAUUGCGCUGCCGAUUAUUUUCACGCCACCUUCCCAAACUUCGUCUUGCCAUUUUUACUGUUCUUGACAUCCCACUCUAGAAGCUCCCUAGAUCUUGUCUCGGCAUUCGAAGAGCGUCGCCAUGUCUGGGCCGAUUACAAGCGGCGCUUGUGGUCAUGCCGGUAUGCUCCAUAGUUCCUCUUCUCGCACCCACCGUCAGGCACGAUAUUCAGCAAUUUGGACUAGUGAUUUGUACACAAUAUAUUG